UAAAACGUGAGGCCCGCCAUGUCCAGAUCGGGGGACAGGACUUCUACAUUUGACCCGAGCCAUAGUGACAAUCUGCUGCAUGGUUUGAACCUCCUGUGGCGAAAGCAGCUCUUUUGCGACGUGACAUUGACUGCACAAGGACAGCAGUUUCACUGUCAUAAAGCAGUGCUUGCAUCCUGCUCCCAGUACUUCAGAUCUCUCUUUUCCAGCCACCCUGUCCAGGAUGGUCUGUCUUCUGUCCCAAAGGAUCAGCAACAGCAGUCAGAGGAGCCUGGGACACCCUCUUCCUCCCCUGAUGAUAAGUUGCUGGUCAGCCCCAGGGCCAUCAAUAACCUGGUAUUGCAAGGCUGUUCUUCAAUUGGGCUGCGUUUGGUGCUGGAGUAUCUCUAUACGGCCAAUGUAACCUUGUCUUUAGAUACAGUUGAGGAAGUAUUAUCUGUCAGUAAGAUCUUGCAUAUUCCUCAGGUCACAAAGCUAUGUGUACAGUUUCUUAAUGAUCAGAUCUCAGUGCAGAACUACAAGCAGGUGUGCAAAAUUGCUGCCUUGCAUGGCCUGGAGGAGACCAAGAAGCUGGCCAAUAAGUAUCUGGUGGAGGAUGUGUUGCUGCUCAAUUUUGAAGAGAUGCGUUCCAUGCUGGACUCUUUGCCACCCCCAGUGGAGUCUGAACUUGCUCUCUUUCAGAUGUCUGUACUAUGGCUGGAGCAUGACAGGGAAACCCGCAUGCAGUAUGCACCUGAUUUGAUGAAGAGGCUUCGCUUUGCUCUCAUUCCUGCCCCAGAGCUGGUGGAAAGGGUGCAAUCAGUGGACUUUAUGAGGACUGACCCAGUAUGCCAAAAGUUACUGCUGGAUGCUAUGAACUAUCACCUGAUGCCUUUCAGACAGCACUGCAGGCAAAGCAUCGCCAGCAGGUGA